CCCACGAUAAUGGAGAAAUCGCCAAAUCCUCACUCCCCUGUCGCCCCUCCCCGCCUCUUCAAUCAACUGAAGACGAUAUGGGGAAGAGCCCACUCGUCCUGACGAUUACGACGGCUGCGAUGCUCUGCUUCUGCGCCUGCCAAAGCGGCGGAGCCGCCCUCCACCCGGUGAUCCUGGUCCCCGGGAGCGGCGGGAACCAGCUGGAGGGGCGGCUAACGGCGAAGUACAAGCCGCCCAGCUGGCUAUGCAGCCGGGAGGUGGCACCCGGGUGUUGCGGCCGCGGGUGGUUCCGCCUAUGGUUCGACCCGAGCGUGCUCUUGGCUCCGUUCACGAAGUGUUUCGCUCACCGGAUGACACUGCACUACGACCCGGAGAAGGAUGAUUACUACAAUGCCCCUGGGGUCGAGACCCGGGUCCCGCACUUUGGGUCCACCCGGUCGCUUCUAUAUAUGGAUCCUCAUCUCAAGCAUGUUACGGCUUACAUGGGACCGUUGGUGGAUUCUCUCUGUCGGAUUGGCUAUGUGGACGGGCAAACCCUCUUCGGUGCCCCUUACGACUUCCGGUAUGGCCUUGCAGCCGAUGGCCACCCGUCGCGCGUGGGUACCAAGUUCCUUGGUGACCUCCGGGACCUUGUUGAGAGAGCCAGCGCCUCCAAUGGAGGGAUGCCGGUGAUCCUCCUCUCUCACAGCCUAGGCGGGCUCUUUGUCCUCGAGUUCCUCCGUCGGAACCCACCCUCGUGGCGGCGGAAGUACGUCAGGCACUUCAUAGCCCUCUCCGCCCCAUGGGGUGGUUCUGUGGAGGAGAUGCUUACUUUUGCCUCUGGGUACACCCUCGGGGUGCCCCUGGUGGAUCCGCUCAUUGUUCGAGGCGAGCAACGGAGCUCCGAGAGCAACUUAUGGCUCCUCCCAAAUCCUGUCGUGUUCGAAAGUACGAGGCCGCUCGUGAUCUCUUCGAGUAAUGUUUCUUACACCGCGAAAGACAUGUCACAGUUCCUCACCGACAUCGGAUUCCCUGAAGGCGUCGGUCCGUACAAAUCCCGAAUAGUUCCUUUAACCGAAAGGUUGAGUAUGGCCGCGCCGGGAGUGCCUGUGACUUGCAUAGUUGGGUCCGGGGUGAGGACGCCCGAGACACUGUUUUAUGACCAGGAUAGAGGGUUCAACGGGCAGCCGGAGGUGGUCUAUGGGGACGGAGAUGGGACGGUCAACAUGGUGAGCUUGCUGGGCCUAGAAAGACUGUGGAAGGACGAGACGGGCCAGGAAUUGAAGGUUAUAAAGCUCCCCGAGGUUUCUCAUACAUCCAUACUCAAGGAACGAGGUGCGCUCGAAAAGAUAAUGGAAGAGAUAUCUUAUUUGAAUUUCCACGAUAAAAAAGCUAUUGCAUCCUCUUAAAAGUCAUACAGAUGUAAUCGCUCUUCUGUAAAAGGGGAAAAAAAAUCAUUUUUAUCGAUGAGUUAAUUACAUAGAAAAAUACGAUCUUUGUAUUUUUUUUUUGAAUAUAACAUGACUUUUAGAAAAUAGUACGAAAAGACACUGCUUUUGUUUUUUUUUUAUUAUUAUAGCACAACUUUUAAUAGUAUUAUGGAAAUGCACGAACUUUGUAUAUUUUCUUAAAUAUAUCACGACAUUUAAAAACUAGCAUAGGAAUGCAAGGUCUUCAGGCACGAUCUUCUUUUUUAAUGUGCUACAAUUGCAACUAAAUCUAAAUGUCAUACCUUUGUGUAUUA